UCCAUGCUAGGGGUUUGUUUUGGUUCUCCUUUGCAGAUCCACGAAGAAAACUAUUCGAUUGUCGAGUAACUUUUUAAGAUUAAUUGUUUUUUUAGCAAUAGGAUAAAUAUGUAAAACGCACUUGGUGACCAGGAGUAUUAUGAUCAUUAACAGGUCCAUCAUUCUCUACUGUGACAUAUUGUGAAUACCAGACAGCAAACCAAAACAUGGCAUAUCGCAAUGGCCGAAAUACACUUAGAGAGAAAUAUGAAGAGUGCAUUUUAGGAGCGGAUUCGAGAGAGGUGACAGUCCAUCGAGUUGUCAAUAUUGUGGAAAAGGGGAACUCCAUGCCUCGGACAAAUGUGAACUAUGGUUCUAAAAGUUCGAAUUUUUCAAUGUGGAAUGAUUGUCCUCGGAAUUACCAGGACUCAAGAGAAUUUCACGGCGAUGACAGUUACCCACCGAAUGAUCGUCGAUAUUUUGAUGAUAAUUCAAACAACAACAAUUUUCGCAGAAAUGCCUCACCUCCAAGAAAUGAGGACCAUUAUUCCCAGCAGCCCUAUGACAGAGAUGAUUUAAGGCACCAGUUAGCCUCAAGGAGCAAUAGAAGAGGCGCUUCCUAUUUCCGCGGCAGAGGUCGAGGGUCAGGCCCUCCUUUAAGAGAAGACCGUGACGAGUACAGACGCACUCCUCAACCUAAAGGAAUGAAACGGGAACUCUCUCCUGGACGAAGGGAAGCACACCCACCUGUACCUGUCCGCUCGCUAUCUAACACCAGCAGCAGGAGCUUCUCCCCCGACAGGGAGAGGAAUUUAACCUACCAGCAGUCUCUGCAAAAGCAUAAGACCAGUGCGAGCCACACUCCCAGCCCCUCUAUAGAGGGGUCUCCUCACAGCUCUGGAUCUGCAAAGGAAAAAGCUCCUGCAUCUGUAGCGGAGACGGAGGAGUUGGUGGAGGCCAGCGUGGAGGCCAGCGUGGAGGCCAGCGUGGAGGCCAGCGUGGAGGCCAGCGUGGAGGCCAGCGUGGGGGCCAGCGUGGAGCCAAGCGUGGAGCCAAGCGUGGAGCCAAGCGUGGAGCCAAGCGUGGAGCCACAGCCGACACCAGACCAAGACUUCAAGGCUCGCCGGUCGGAGGCCAUUAAGGCUAAGGCUCUGGAAAUUGAGAAGCAUUACAGGCAGGACUGUGAGACAUUUCGCACAGUGGUGAAGAUGUUGGUGGCCAAGGAACCCACCUUGAAUAGUUUGCUACAGGUUCCACUAGAUAAUAAUCUUCUGGAGAUCAAAGAGCGCUGCCUUGAUGCCCUCAGGCACUUUGUGAAGGAGCUGGAUGAGGUAUUAUAG